AUAAUCUUAAUAAUAUUUAUUAAUAAUCUUAAUAAUAUUAAGAUUAAUGGCAGAAAUAGGGGAGAAAUCCUCUAUAUUAGAGGAUAAGAAUACAUCUCAAGAUUCAUUAUUAAAGAAAACAAUAAGAACUACAGGAUCACACGCAAUUCUGGUUAAUCCUCGACAAAAAGAAAAUCCAGUUAUUAAACAUAUACGUAAUGUGGCAUUGGUAUUGAAUUUUUUUUUUUAUUGGUAAAUCAUGAAAAAAUCAGGAAUAUAGGGAUAGUAUGGCGGAUUUUAUACUUGGAGCAACUACAUGUGCACUUUUCUUAAGUCUUCGAUAUCAUCAACUUUACCCAGAAUAUAUAUAUCAUAGAAUUCAAAUGCUUGGAAAAAAGUAUAUUUUAAGAAUAUUAUUAAUUUUAGUGGAUAUUGAUAAUCAUGAAGCGCCAAUUCGUGAAUUAACAAAAACAUGUGUUAUAUAUAAUUUUACGAUGAUACUUUCAUGGAGUUUUCAAGAAGCAGGAAGAUAUUUAGAAACAUAUAAAUCGUUUGAACAUGCAUCUUUUAAUACGAUUCAAGGGAAAAAUUUGGAUGAUUAUUAUAGUAGACUUGUGGAAUGUUUUUCGACAAUGAGAAAUAUUAAUAGAGAUGAUGCAUUUUCUAUUGUUGGAAACUUUAGAAGUUUAAAACGAGCUAUUAAUGCAGAUAAAGAAGAAAUUAUGAUGAUAAGUGGGUGGGGAGAACAAAAGGCAAGUCGAUUUAAGAAAACAGUAACAUUACCAUUUGUUGUAAAAGAUUCCCCAAAAUAAUUAAAUACAAUCAUGACAUGAAUAAAUUGUCGUUAACAUUAUAUGC